GGAAUCCUAAUUCGAUUUGAGGAAUUUUAAACCCUAAAUUGGAGGGUGGAAUCCACAGAAUUCCAGGUAAAAACCAGAAAUCAAUUCUUCAAAAACAACAAGAAGAAGAAGAUUCAUUGCAGAGCGAUGUCGGAGGCCUACGAGAGGGUGAAAGGAGGUAGAUUAACCUUCAAAGGAGGAAGCUUAGCCACUCGCAAAUCAAUCGACAAAAGCAAGAAGAAGCACAAGAAGAAAAAGAACGCCGACGGUGAUGAUUCCCAGCCUGCCCUCGACGCUUCUGCCGCCGCCGAUGUCGAAGGUUCCGGAGCUGGUGGAAGCGAUAUCUACACCAUCGACGCCGCUAAAAAGAUGAAGUACGAGGAGUUGUUCCCCGUCGAGACUAAGAAAUUCGGCUACGAUCCCAAAAACCCUAAAGCCCUGUCCGUGGAACAAGCCCUCGAUGAUCGUGUUAAGAAGAAAGCCGAUCGUUACUGUAAAUGAGGUGCCAUUGUUGUUAAUUUACUAAUGUUUUGUAUUUUCAUACAAUUUUAAUAGAAUUUAAUUAAAUGAUCAUGGUCUGGGUUUCAGC